GUUCGUAGAAGACCCGCUUUUUAGCUAUCACUUCCAACUAAUACGAUUCUAGCCCUUUAGCGAUUCUUAUAGCCAACUGCAGGCAGGUUCCCACGCGCUGCCUGAUUUGAUAGGUACCUGUUCUGCCUGUGUCUUACGGUUAUCUCCAACUGUUAUUACAGGUAACUUACUUGCCUCUUAUCGAUAUCUGGCCAAAAUUAUGGUCUGUUAACAGUUCGCAGCUAGUCAGUCUUCCCUUCUUCAACAAGCAUUCUCAUUCAACCUAACAACCAAAACACUAAAUAUAGCAGAAAGCCGCCAAUAGACGAUCCGGUCUCUUAUACGGUUUACUCGACAGUACGAUGCUCCUAAGCCGGUAGCCCUUCUGCCAAUGGACUUGAUGCGCAACCGCGAGAUUGAGCAGCAGCAACACAAGCCAUGUUCUCUACAAUCACUUCUGCUCCUGCGAAGCAGUCUGUCGGCGAGACAAUAACCGUCCUCAGCGGACGUCUAAGCUCGGCUACCCUUCUCGAAGACCGCCGAGCUGCUAUACUCGGCUUACGAAGCUUUGCUAAAGAAUAUCCAGCUUCGGUUGCGUCCGGUGCUCUGAGAAGUCUUAUUGGAAGCCUAUCUAAAGAUGGCGAAGAUGUCGACACGGUCAAAGUGGUCCUCGAGACCCUAUUAAUGCUCUUCAACCCCAACCCAGACAGCCCUGAGGCUUCCGAGGAGAUUGCUCUCUGGUUAGCAGACGAGUUUACCCAACGACAAGAAAACAUAACGUUGCUCUUGGAUUUCCUCGAAACUAAUGACUUCUAUUCGCGUCUGUAUUCUCUACAGCUUCUUCUCGCUAUCCUCUCGGCUCGCACUGAAAGAACCGAAAUAUGUGUAUUCACUGCGCCCCUUGGUAUUUCUAGGCUAGUUGCUGCCCUUGACGACAGGAGGGAGGCCGUCAGGAACGAAGCGUUAACCCUCCUUACCUACCUGACACCGUCGUCCCCGGAUAUUCAGAAGCUUGUAGCUUUCUCAAACGUAUUUGGUCGGGUCUUCACCAUCAUAGCAGCCGAAGGGUCACUUUCUGAGGGUGACAGGAUAGUCGAGGACUGCCUAAUUCUUUUAGCCAACCUUCUGCGCUUGAACCCUUCGAAUCAGUCUUUAUUCCGCGAAGAGGCUUAUAUUCCGCAGUUAGCAAAACUGUUAGAAGGUACCUAUCACACCGGAAAGGAAGGGGAGGAGGAUGUUGCGCUUUGGGCUCAGGAACAGCGCAACAGGAACAUAUAUGCUCUACUUGCAGUCGUCCGCCUCUUCCUUGUGCCUGGUGCUGUAGGAACGCCUCAAAAUCAGGCGGCCUUUUGGCAGCAUGGCGUCCUUUACCACGCUUUACAGCUUGCUUUUAGCCACGAUGCAGAAAUGUCCAUUAGAGCAGAGGCUUUGACAACAUGUGCGGAUAUUAUCAGAGGUAAUUCUAAGCUACAAGAGACGUUUGCACAAUUACAAGUCCCUUCAGUGUUAGAAACGGCGCCGCCGACCAACGGGCAUACUGGCAAGACAAACGUCAUCCCCGCCGUCUAUGUAAUCGAUGGUCUUCUAGAUCUUACCCUAAGCGUGCCUACGACCCAGGCGUUCGACUUGCGGCUAGCAGCCUGUCAAUGUAUCAAAGCAUAUUUCUUCAACCACCCCGAAGUCCGCCUACAUUUUCUACGCCGCGCAAUCGAGGGCCACUCAUCUGGCGUAGACGAAACAGCUAACGUGCUAACUACUCUGCUCCGACCGUCUAAUGUCUCAGGCUCGGUAGAUCCUUACCGACAUUGGUUCGCAGCUGUUAUCACAUUUCACUUGAUCUUCGAAAAUGCCGAAGCGAAAGCCCUUGCGAUGUCUGUAGCAGAAGGUGAUGCGGAAAGCGGCGAAGAAGUAGUAACAAGCAUUCAAACUAUUUCCGCCCACCUCGUCAGUGGGCUAGCCAGGUCCGACGACGAGCGUAUCUCCGUGGGUUAUCUGAUGUUGCUGAUAGCGUGGCUCUUCGAGGAUCUGGAUGGAGUUAACGACUUCUUGGGUGAGGGCAGUAACAUUCAAGCCUUAGCACAAGAAGUUGUACGAUAUAAUUCAAGCAAUGUCAUUGUGCAGGGGUUAUGCGCUAUGCUCCUCGGUGUGGUUUAUGAGUUCUCUACGAAAGAUUCACCAAUUCCUCGUUCGACUUUGCAUAGCGUUCUCACGUCUCGGAUGGGCCGCGACAGGUACAUCGAUAUCCUCAAUAAGUUACGAAGUCAUCCUUUUAUAAGGGAUUUCGAGGUCAUACCACAGAAAGGAGACAAUGGGGGUAAUUUACCGGAUGUCUUCUUUGAUGCGACUUUUGUGGAUUUCUUCAAGGACAACUUUAGCCGCAUGAUAAGGGCCAUCGAUCGUGACCCGGGCAUGGAGAUUUCGGUAGUAACCAACGGCAUUCAGAAAGGCAUAUCUCGUGAGAUGGUGGACUCUCUGCGAGCUCAAGUCGACGAAAAGGAACGAGCAUUGCAAGCAGCACUGGCCGAUGUGGCCUCUCUCAACGGAAAGCUCGGUCAAGAGCAAGCUGACCAUCGUCGAACUAAGGAAACCUCUACUGCGGAUUUAGCAAGAAUAAAGAGCGUCAGCGAGGCCAUUCAACAAAACCAUGCUGAAGAAAUCAAGUAAGUACCUCAAGGACGCCGUGGAGUUUAUUCUAACGCAAAAAGGAAAAUUGAGGCGCAACAGCGGUCAAAAGAGGAAUCCUACCAGAAGCAAAUAGAAGCUGUCCAAAAAGAGGCAGCCACUGC